GGGGUGGGGCUGUGGGAUAUGCUUCUCUGGCUGCUGUGGGUCCGCGUGAGGGUUGAAGUGUUAUGUGUGUGAUGUGGGGAUAUAGGUGUGACCCCAGUCUUAGAGUUGGGGGAUUUGCAGCUGCACCUGUGCUCCUCGACCAGGGAUGAAUCUAGUUUAAAAAGCGACGCAAUCUGGACACCCACAUUUGACAUUUACUUUUGAAAAACUGCCACAUAAGGUGCCCCAACAAAAGAUUUAGGAGCGUCCCAAAGUGCAAACAUUUUAAACAAAAUGCUUGUUUUGUAAGGGGUGGCUGUCACAACGUGCAUGUAGAGAUCAGAGGGCAACUUGCAGGACUCAGUUCAACCCUGUAAGUCCCGCCCUCAUAUUCAGGUCCUCAGGCUUGGUUGCAAGCUACCGUAAUUACUGAGCCAGCUUUCCUCAAAUUGUAUUUUAAAGUAAUAAACGAAAGAAAGGAGAAUUUGGGAAUGUUUAGGUACUUAAACCCUAAACUUAACGAGUGGCAUUUAAAAAUUAGAGUCAUGGCAGUUUUUGUCAGAAAAGAAAAUCGCCAUCACCAUCGUUUGGAAUAUUGGAACCAGAACUAGAUAAUGGGCAGGAGAGAUUCCCAGCUUGAGAAGCGACGUGUGUUUGGGAGCUGGGGUCUUCUGCUUCUCUCUAGCAGUUGGGAACCAGCAGGACUCUGAUGUAUCUUUCCAACAUGUGUCCACAAAUGAAACUGCAGUAGCUUUAGAGUCAAACAUGCCUACUUCUGGUUUGAGAGAAGUCCAUUAGAAUGCCAAGCCUUUUGACUGCACCCAGAAUUCCUUGGGUGCAGCUCAGUCACGCUUUCUUGGCUACAUUCUUGCCCAUUUUGUUACUGGUAGGUAUUCAUGGAAAUUUUAAACUUUGUGCUUGAUUAAACUGAGAGAAGGAGAGUUAUAUUCACACACUGAGGCCCCUUUCUCUGCUGUGUGUGUUCUCUGUCUCUGUGUCUCUUAAGUUUCUCUCUCCCUCCCUUCACCCCUCCUCCUUUCCCCCUUCUUCCCCCUCCCCUCAGGGUCUCUUUCUGCAUUCCAAGUGCUGGGAUUAAAGACAUGUGCCACCAAACCCUACUUUUUCUUUUUUCUUUUUUUUUUUUUUCGGAGCUGGGGACCGAACCCAGGGCCUUGCACUUGCUAGGCAAGCGCUCUACCACUGAGCUAAAUCCCCAACCCCUCUACUUUUUCUUGAAAUAUACAUAUAACUAAGUUCUGUGGUUAUAAUAAAGGUCAAGUAAAAUAGGGAAAAAAAUUGUUCCCUGCACAUGCAGCUUAGACUAUAAGACUGGUCUAGAGCUAGUUAGUUGCAGCCAGCACACCACUAAUACAGGUGUCUCCCUUGUAUCUGUACCUCAGCCUAUGAGAGUGGAAAGAAAAAUGAAUCCGAAGUCCAAGGAUGGCUCAAGAGUGACUCAGGCUCUACCCUGGAGACUUAAAGGGAACAUUGAACCACAUGAUAAAAUAAGCUUUUUGUCUUGGGAGGGUCAGGAGUGGUGGGAGAGAAUCAGAUAUUAUAAUGCUCAGCUCCUGGACACUCCUGGACCAGCAUGAUAGGUCAGGGAAUGCAGAUAGGCACAGCCUUAUCUCUGACCACACCAGUGAGCUCUGUGGUUAGGAUGGAGGGUACUCUGCCGUCCUAACUGCCUGCCAGAGCGGAAGGAAUUGUGCUGGAAAGUUCUUGCUCUGAAAUAUCAGAAGGUAAUGUUAGCCAGCUAAGCACAGACAGGAACCCUUUCUACUGUACAAAAGUUUCUCUCUUGCUGUUGUGUUUUGGAAGUUGUUUAUCACAUAAGCAGAGGAUCUUCGUGUCUCUCUGAAGGAUGGAGAAAGUGCAGUUUUCUGGCUGUGGUUUACCUGCAUGGCCAGCUGCCCUGAUCCCUGAGCUCAGGGAUCACAGCCUUUCAGUCAUAACCUGCUGCCUUCUUGUCCACUCUUCUCUGCUGCUCACAGUUCCUGUGAGUGGCAGGAUCCAAGGAGAAAGAGCCACUUACCAUUGCUUUUGGCAUACACUCAGGCUGUAUUGCAGGAGGCUUCAGAAAUCAACUGUUCCCAUGUCUUUCAUAUGAGCAAAGAGUUUGGGGGAGGGAAUGAUCCCUGCUCAAGAUCACACACCAGAUCAGGAGAACAGCCCUGGACAGGACCUGGACUCCUGCUUCACAGGGCAGAUUCUUCUCAGCUCCCAGAAAGCCACCAGAUCCCGCAUGGAACCAGAGGCCCCAUGCCCAGCCUCCAUACCCUCAGUGGAGAGAAAGUUCCAUGUUCUUGUGGGUGUCACUGGAAGCGUUGCUGCGCUGAAGCUGCCUCUUCUGGUAUCAAAGCUUUUGGACAUUCCUGGGCUGGAAGUCACAGUGGUAACAACGGAGAGAGCCAAACAUUUCUACAGCCCUCAGGAUGUCCCCGUCACCCUCUACAGCGAUGCUGAUGAAUGGGAGAUGUGGAAGCGCCGUUCGGACCCAGUUCUCCACAUUGACCUGCGGAGGUGGGCCGACCUCAUGGUAGUGGCUCCCCUCGAUGCCAACACUCUGGGGAAGGUGGCCAGUGGCAUCUGUGACAAUUUACUUACCUGUGUCAUCCGGGCCUGGGACCUCAACAAGCCUCUACUCUUCUGCCCCGCCAUGAACACUGCCAUGUGGGAGCAUCCGCUCACUGCCCAGCAGGUGGGCCAGCUCAAGGCCUUUGGCUAUGUGGAGAUUCCCUGUGUGAGCAAGAAGCUGGUGUGUGGAGACCAAGGUCUAGGAGCCAUGGCUGAAGUGGAGAUCAUUGUGGCUAAGGUGAAGGACGUGCUCUUCCAGCAUGGUGGCAUCCAGCAAAGUUGAAUAGGAUUUCUGCCGUGAUGUCCCUGCACCCAGUGAGUCCCGCCUGAGCUGUUGAAGGAUGUCAGCACAGUGUGAAGAGCCCGUGCUUGCUGAGGAGGGGCCAGCCUGUACCUUCUCAGAGCUCGUGCUUGCUGAGGAGGGCUAGCCUGCACCUUCUCGGAACUUCCCUUCAGUCUAACCCUCUUCAAGCUACAUGGGACCACAGAGCCAGGUCCUACUUUGUUUUACCCAGGAGAUGCCUGCCUCCUGGAGGCCCUCCCAUUUCUUUCUGGGAUAGGCCCAACAGACUAGGCAAACACACUGCUGCUGGAAGGGUAAUUGAAUGACUGAGGGACCUCCUGCUUGGGAAUGCCUUUUAGACACACCAUGGCUGAAGCUGGGCAUGGAGACUCACAUCUGUAAUCCUAGCACUCAGAAGGCUGAGGCAGGAUUGCUACAACUUUGAAAUUGGCUUGGUCUACAUAGUGAGCCAGGCCUGUGAGUGUGAUAGCCUAUUUCAAAUCAAAAGCAGCAAGAAGAAAGACCAUAGCUCAAGGUCCCUGGUGCAGCAGGCUCCUGGCUGGGCUCUGGAGGCUCCCAUUCUUUGGUGCCCAGGUGUCACACACAGUCAAGAAGUCUAUGAGGUGGCAAAACUCUUCAGAUUUCCCAGCGACUGUACUGAGAGUGGGGGCAGGAACGGUUCUGGGAAAUAAAGAAAAGUGACCUUU